UUUCGAGCAUCUGAUCACCUCGAGCAGCUUGAAUCCCCUUGGCCUAGCCACCCUCUGUCACCCGUCUGUCGACCUGUCCGGAUCGCCUUCUUUCACGCCCAUCAUGUCUAUGUCUACUCAGUUCGCGGCUCGCUGCUGCAGACAGAUUGUCCGCCCCACCGCUUCCCUGCGCGUUUCCUCCGCUUCAUACCUGUCCAGCAGCCGGAGAUGGCAAUCCACGGAGGCUGCUGCUCCUGCCAACCCCAAGAUCACCCAGAUCGUCGACCAGAUCAGCCAAUUGACCCUCUUGGAGACUGCCGACUUGGUUUCUAGCUUGAAGUCCCGCCUCAACAUCCCCGACCUCCCGGUUGGUGGCUUCGCCAUGGCCGCUGCUCCCGCUGCCCCCGCCGCCGCUGAGGAGGAGGAGGCUCCUGUCCAGCAGGAGAAGACCCUCUUCAACCUCAAGCUCGAGUCCAUUGAAGCCGCGUCCAAGGCCAAGGUCAUCAAGGAGAUCAAGAACAUGCUGGGUCUGUCCCUGGUCGACAGCAAGAAGUUCGUCGAGUCGGCGCCCAAGGUUCUGAAGGAGUCCGUCCCCAAGGAGGAGGCUGAGAAGAUCAUCGAGACCCUCAAGGCCGUCGGUGCCAAGGUCACCAUGGACUAAGCGGACUGUCGUCUGACUGCCCGGAGGGGAUUUUUCUUUGUAAUGCUACCCGGUCCAUUUGGGUUACCCUGUGGCCAUCAGUGUUGGAUGAGUGAUAGGACGACCUGGAUGGCCUGGACGUUGUGAUUGGGCUGCAUCAUCGAGCUGGAGUUUUUAUCUCGCGCCACCUUUUGUAUUUUGUGUUCUUUUAUAUCACCCUUUUCUUUAUUAUCUUUUUUCUCCGUCAUAUAUCUCUGAAGAUUGUUUCUGAUAUAACCGGAAAGCGGGAAAAAGGGCGGCGAAUGUACAUUAUCACCUCUAUCGAAUGGACAAUGUGGGAUCAAGAGGAAGGAAAUGACUGUUUUUGUUGUCUCUGUCAACCAAACCUGUGAGAGCUUGCAGUGUGUCAGGAACAGACGAGCAAAUCGCUCAUUCGGAUUGAGUGAAGUAGUCAGUAUAAUGGUGGGGUAGAUUGGAUUAG